AGGAAGAAAUGCCGUUAGUGGUUCCGGGAAGCAAUAAGCACCUUCAUGAAAAUAACUCAAGUCCCCAUCCUUAAUCCCUGCCUAUCCUUUUUUAUCUGAUGGACUCAGCGAGGGCUGGAAGAUCACAGUGUGGCUGAAAACAAAAGGGAGUUAACAAGAUGUGACCGGCCGAUGGACAGAACAAUAGGCGAAGCCCUGCACGCAGCCUAGCCCAGGUGUGCCCAUGCCCAGGUGCCAUGCGGCUGGCGGUGACUCUGCUGUGCUGCUGGGCGCUGGCGGGGCUGCCCCGCGCCGCCGGCUCCUGCCCCUCGCAGUGCAGCUGCGCCUUCCACAGCCUCGGCGACGGCACCAAGGCCAGGACAGUGCUGUGUAAUGACCCAGAGAUGACCCUCCCUCCUGUGAACAUCCCUGUUGAUACAAGCAAGCUUCGGAUAGAAAAGACAGCGAUCCGCAGGGUGCCAGGAGAGGCUUUCCACCUGCUCCACAACCUGGAGUACCUCUGGAUGCCCUAUAACUCCCUGGGCAGCCUCAGCAGCAUCACCUUCAAGGGCCUUCGUCGUCUGCAGGAGCUGAGGCUGGAUGGGAACAACCUGAUCUCAUUCCCCUGGGAGAGCCUGGCUGGCAUGCCCCAGCUGAGGCUCCUGGAUUUGCACAACAACGAACUCACCUCAGUCCCCCCAGAUGCUGCUCGUUAUGUCAGGAACAUCACAUACCUGGAUCUGUCCAGCAAUAAGCUGAUGACUCUUCCUCAGGCUCUCAUUGCCACCUGGGCCAACCUCCAGGCUGUUCCCUACUUCCCCAAUGACAACUCCAAGAUCAUCCUAGGUUUGCAAGACAAUCCUUGGGUGUGUGACUGCAGUCUGUACGAAAUGGUGCAUUUCCUAAAUUUCCAGUCUCCUAACAUAGCCUUCAUUGAGCCCAGGCUGAAAUGCUUCACCCCCAGGAGCCUUGCAGGAGUCUUCUUCAGCCAGGUGGAGCUGAGGAAGUGCCAGAGCCCCGUGGUGCACACGUCUGUGGCCAAGGUGAAGACCAUCCUGGGCAGCACGGUGCUGCUGCGCUGCGGCACCACGGGCGUGCCCAUCCCCGAGCUCAGCUGGAGGAGAGCUGAUGGGGCUCAGCUGAAUGGCACAGUUCACCAAGAGAUUUCCAGUGAUGGGAUGAGCUGGUCUAUCCUGGGCCUGCCUGUAGUCUCUUACCUUGACUCUGGAGAGUACAUCUGUAAAGCAAAGAAUUUCCUGGGGGCAACAGAGGCCUUCAUCUCGCUCAUCAUCACAGACUCAGAAAGCACGGAUGACCCUAACUCUAGUGCCAAAGGCACGUGGAAUGGCAAGGCCAGCGGGAUGGAGGCAGCUGCCUACAAUGACAAACUGGUGGCCAGGUACGUUAUCACCACCUCCACCGUGCCCACGCUGGGGGCUGGGGCGGGCACCGGAGACAGCAUCCUCCUCCCGGACACGGCUCAGGACAGCAACCCCCAGAACCUGCUGGUGAGCCCCACCACGGGCCAGCAGGAGCCAGAGAGGAUGGUGAGGUCUGUCAGGGUCAUAGGGGACACGGACCAGAGCAUCACCCUGGCCUGGAAGGCGCCUAUGGCAAAGAACACCACGGUGUUCAGCGUCCUUUACGCCGUCUUUGGGGAGAGGGACAUGCGGCGGAUCAACGUGGAGCCAGGCAAGACCAAGGUCACUCUGUACGGGCUGCUGCCAAAGACCAAGUACAUCGUGUGCGUCUGUGUGAAAGGGCUGAUCCCCAGGAAGGAGCAGUGCAUCAUAUUUUCCACAGACGAAGUGGUCAGUGCAGGAGGGACGCAGAAGCUCAUCAAUGUGGUUGUCAUCAGCGUGGCCUGUGUCAUUGCUGUUCCUCUGACCCUGGUGGUCUGCUGCGGAGCCCUGAAACGGCGCUGCAAGAAAUGCUUUGUGCGCAAGCCCAAGGACGCGCAGGAAUCGUACGUCACCUUCGAGAGCCUGUCCCCUGGGGCCAAGGCCAAGGGCGUGGAGGGAGAGUACCUGACCAGGCACACCCCUGACGAGUCCAACAGGCUGCUCUCCGCCCGCUCCAGCGUGGACUCGGAAGCCAUACCAAAGAUAGAGGGACAGCCCAAUGAAUACUUCUGCUGACAGUACCUAGGCUGGCUGUCAGCUCGCCCAGGGGGA